AUGCGAACGCAUUGUAAUAGUGUUCGCCGACAGUUCAAUUGUAAAUUUGCACCAUAUUUCAUGAAUUUUCGACUGGGUGCUGAAAUUUUGAUUGAAAAAGCGCUCACGUCAAAUUUGGUCUUGCCUAAUGUAAAUAUCACGGCAACAACUUCACGUGAUGGUAUUGUCAUUAUUGUGUAUCCGAAACUGCUAGCAAGUGCUUACGCAAGCCUUCGUGUCCUACGUCAUGUCCUCCAUUGUGACUUGCCAAUUGCGAUUUUUUAUCGUCCAGAUGAAUUAACUGCCCAGGAUCAACGAUUCAAGCCAAUUCAAGAUUUUGCAGCGAAAAACCAGAAGAUUACGUUUCAAGAAAUUCACGAUCCACAUGCAAAGCGAUUUUUGGCCAAAAUUUAUGCAAUUUACCAUACAACCUUUGAUCGAGUGCUGUUUCUCGAUGCGGAUAACGUCCCGGUACGGGAUCCCAGUUUUUUAUUCGAAUCGAGGGAAUUUUUAGACACUGGAGCCAUGUUUUGGCCGGAUUUUUGGUAUCCAGGACACUCGAUGUUUGGUCUUUCAACUCAUUCUUUAGUAUGGGAGCUCUUGGAUCUGCCAUUUGUCGAUAUGUUUGAACAAGAGAGUGGACAAGUAUUGAUUGAUCGAAGACGUCAUGCUCUUCCACUGGAGCUUGUACGAUAUUAUGGAUUCCAUCGUCCUAAUUUCUUUACAUCCUUGAAACUCGCAUGGGGUGAUAAGGAUUUGUUUCGAUUUGCAUGGUUGAAACUGAACGUUCCUUUUACGAUGAUCCAGACACCUCCUGCUAUGGCCGGAGUGAUUGUUGAAAAGUCACGUGCUACUCGGGAUUUUUGUGGCAUGACAAUGGUGCAGCAUGAUGCUAAUGGAGAGAUACUUUUUGUACAUCGAAAUCGUGUGAAACUCACUGGAACUUUUGCUGAUCAGAACCAUAUUGAUACGAUGCACGACGAUCUAGUUGGUGAUCAUAGUAUUUAUGCGACUGGCGCUGCUCUUGAUACUGUCGUCAAGUAUCCAGAUCCAACGAUUUGGACACAUGUUGCUCGAUUUCGCAUGGAAUCAGACCGAAAACACUACACUAUCAAAUCGUUUAUGGCCAACUUGAGCUUUAAGUCGAGACAAAAGUGUUAUGGUCUGCGUGAUGUUGACCAAAAUCCGCAUUUCUACAUUCAAGACAUUGCUGCGUUGAAUCUGUCAGGUCUUGAAUCACAUUUGCAGCAGUAUGCGCUGGAAUCUGUCGAAUAUCUUUCGAAAAACGUGUCCAAGGGUUGA